AACAUGAAUGUAACUAAUAACAAAGACGUUGAAAGACUAACAGAGGUCUCACUCUGAAAUUAAACCUGAUCAGUUAUGUUGAUCGAUAGCUUGGCUGGAGGUUUGAUAGAUGAAUAAAGUCAUGGGAAAUAUAAAUAAAACUUGAGAAUAUAAAAAAUGACAAAGUUGGCUGCUUUUAUUGAUUCUCAAACCCACAACCUCAGUUUGCUAAAGGAGCUCCUGACUACAAACAUGGAGGCAAAGAGGACAAACGAAAUUUAAUUUGUUAAAUUUAAGCGAGAUUUCCCCUGAAUAUAAUCCCCAUUUUUAUUUUACACUUCAUCCUCUAGUGAGCGACUAUUAACUGAUGCACAGAUGUGCUGCUCAUCUGCCCACUUUGACCAUCUGUCCCUCAUCUUCGGAACCAGAGUCCUGACGGAAAUAAAGAAAACACGAUCACUAUCAGGUCGAGUCUCUCAUCACCGAAGGGACGUGGGAUUUAGUUUUUCAUCACCGCGACUCAUCCGAUCACAAACCAUCUUCGGCGCUCUGCGUCAUGACGUCAGCGUCGGGCGUCAGUCGAAGCGGCUCGUUUCCGGGUUUCGAUAAUCAAAUAAACGUCUCCGAUAAAGGCGACAGGUUACCGUUAAGCUUCAGGUGUCGUUCUGGGCUCCUCGUGGAUGUUCGGCGGAUUUCCGGUUCUCAGGUGAGCUUCACGUGACGCUUACUGGGACGAACCGCUGUUUGGGGUUUGAACCCGUUUGUCUGUGGGAACCAGCACGUGGACCCGGUCCACCUCCAGAAGGUAAAAAGCCUUCAGAACCGGGUCGUGCGCGGACCCCCAGAGACCCUCAGGGGCACUCUGAAGUGUGGUCUACCACGUAGUGGUCUACCAGGUAGACCACUACCUGCCUCACUUUAAGUCUUACUUCAGAUGAGAAACAUUACUACAAAAUAAAAGCCCCAUUCAGAUGACCAGCCGAUUGCCGAGGUACCUUUAGUACUGGUCCUGGUGACCUGGUGUGUCCGGGGUUUCAGCGGCGAUGUCGACCUCCACUCAGAAGCACCGGGACUUUGUGGGCGAGCCGAUGGGAGACAAACCAGUGACGAGCCUGUCGGGUAUCGGAGGGAUCCUGGGAGAGAAGCUGAGGCACAAAGCCUUCGACAAGGCCUACGUGGUCCUGGGUCAGUUCCUGCUUCUGAAGAAAGACCCGGAGAUGUUCACCGAGUGGCUGAGGGACACCAGCGGGGCAAACUCCCGUCAGGCCGGACUCUGCAGUCAGUGUCUGAGGGAGUGGUGUGACGCCUUCCUCUGAGACCCCGCCUCCUCGAACCAGACCCCGCCUCUUACUGUUCUUGGCACCAAUCCUCAUGUCUGGUUUCACAGGUGACUCUCCUGCUGGAUUCACGGGCAUUUACAUGAAUAAAAGCUCAGCCUGGAAACCAUUAAA